CAGUUGAAGAAGUACAGGAGGAAAGACUCCGACGCUCCUGAGGAACUUUCGGAGAAGGCCAAAGAGCAGCAGGCGGAAGCAGAGCUCCGAAAGCUAAGGCAGCAGUUCAGGAAGAUGGUGGAAAGCCGGAAGUCUUUUAACUUCCGAAACCAGCAGAAGAUCGAGAGUCAGUACAAGGAGAUCAAGACCCUGAAGGCAGAGCAGGAUGAGCUCACCCUACUGCUGAGUCUCAUGAAAUCCUCGAGGAACGUGAAUCAGAGUGAGAAGGACUACACGGAGCUGUGUUUCCUGCUGCAAGCCAAGGAGGACUACGAGGCCCUGAUCAAAUCCAUGAAAGUGCAGCUGGCUGACCUGGAUGAGAAGAUUGUUCAGAUGGAAAAAAAAAUUGCAAACCAAAAACAGAUUUUCGCAAAAAUGAAGGAGGCCAAUAACCCCCGGAAACUGCAGAAACAGAUCCAUAUUUUGGAAACCCGUUUGAAUCUCGUCACUGUUCACUUUGACAAGAUGCUGACGACUAAUGCCAAGCUCCGGAAGGAGAUUGAAGACCUACGAUUUGAGAAGGCUGCUUAUGACAAUGUCUACCAGCAGCUCCAGCGGCGCCUGUUAAUGCAGAAGAAAACCAUGAACUUGGCCAUUGAGCAAUCUUCUCAGGCUUAUGAGCAGAGGACCUCUUUAGAUGGUAAAGAGGAUUCAAUAAUAUGUAAGCAUAAGGACGAGAUCAUGCUCUUGCGAUCCCAGCAGAAAUCAUCCCACGAUGACAACCGCUCUGUCCUGAGACAGCUGGAGGAUAAACUGAAGAAGACCACGGAGGAGGCGGAUAUGUAUGAGAGCAAGUACCGGGAGGUCAGCAAGACCUUGGAGCUACUCAAGAGCUCGGUGGAGAGACUGUUCAAGAAGAUAAACUGUGAUGCCACCAAGAUCCGGGUGCAGUUAAGGGAGACGGGGGAAGUCACUGACAUCAACCUUCCGCAGUACUUUGCCAUCAUUGAAAAGAAGACCAACGACCUGCUGCUGUCGGAGACCUACAGGCGCAUCCUGGAAGUGGAAGGGGCAGAGACCGAGGUCCCGCCACCCUUCGUCAACCCUUUCUGGGGCGGCUCUGCCCUCCUCAAGCCCCCAGAACCCAUCAAAGUCAUCCCCCCAGUGCUGGGGGCUGACCCCUUCAGCGACAGGUUGGAAGAUGUGGAACAGCCCCUGGACCACAGCAGCCUUCGGCAGCUGGUGCUCGACAAUUACACCCUAAAGGAGAAUCGGAUUAAGGAGAUGCGCGGAGACAGCCUGCCAGAGAAGGUGGAGGAGCUCAGGUCCAGGAAGAGGACAACCCUGUGAGGCGCAGGGGUCCAGCUGCCUUUGCACCGUAACCGAAAGAAUAAACACUGUGUUCUGUA